AUGGACGAGUCCCGACUAGCGGAGCAAGGCCAACUCGGUAGUCCCCUGCCCUCACCUACAAGAGCUGGCGACUCCACGACUAUCUCAACGGUUCACCCUAUAACAUCACCAGAGCAAUUACCUCUGCAGAGCAUGGCACCUAAACAGCUACCCAGUCAACCCGUGCCGUCUCAGGACAAGGUCAAGAAUGCGCCUGCUGGGUGGCCCAAGAUCGCCGCAAAACAAACCAGUCGCUAUAACACCAGCAUGUUCAGGAAGGUCGAUGAACUCUUUCAUAGAGUGGCAUUGAAUAGGCAGUCCAAGAUCUUGGUCCUGGGCGAGACCCUGUUGGAAGAAGAUAAGAAGAACGAGCAACAUGCCGAGAACAGGUUGGAAACCUUCGAGUUCGAUCGAGACACGUUUGUGGAUCGGGUCCUCAAAUCAAGCCACUCCCGCUCCACGAGACACACAGCGUCUAAUAUACACGGGCCUGGAGCAACCGACAACAUUCAAGCCGGUAGCAGUAGUGCGAAGGCCACCUCGAGUGAUUCUUCCACUCCAGACCUUAAAGACGAGCUACUCGAAACGCUGUUCUACUACAUCAAAGAUUACUGCAAGUCUUAUCCUUUUAGCAAGAUUGACAAACUAUCACCUAUCAGUCGCGGUGACCAUAAAAAUCUAAUGAACUGGAUUCGGGAUGACCUCGCGGCAGGCGACGCGCGCCGAUCCCUGGAAAACUGGGAAGACUUCAUCACGACACGCUCCAUGCGUGUCCAUCAGAAAUUUGAAUGGAUCCUGUAUAGCAAAAGGUUUACUUAUCUCAGGAAGAUGUUGAUGCCGCUGUUCCGAUCCCGAAACAAAACCAUCGAUGAUCCUAACCACGACAACGUCGACCCCACCUCCCUCGAUAUUGUAGUCCGCGGUGGGAUCGGACUGUCCUGCGUGAUCAUGUUACUGCUACCCGUGGCGCUUUUACUCCUUGUCGAUAUGCCUGAGCCGGCAAUGGUGGGUGUCGUCACUGGAUUCAGCGUGUUGGUCGUGUUCAUCUUGAGUUAUCUACCAGUCGAGAUGUACGAGAUGAUUUUGGGCUUUUCGGCCUAUCUUGCAGUGCUGAUAACUUGCCUCUCAAACUUGCGUCAAUCCAGUAGUGCGUAA